GAACUGCAGUAGCAUGGAAAGGAAUUCUGCCUAAUGGACGACUGAGCACAUUGGAACUACUGAGAUCCUGCCAGCUUGAGGCAGGUUGGGCUGGAAUCAUGUUAAACAAAGCAGUGCUGGUGGAGUCACUGCUGGUGUUCACCAUGGUGCUGUUGGUGCACGCUGUGGUGUGGGACAGGUUCUCCUGGUGCGCCGUCGCUUUGGCCAUCCAGGCCUUCUACGUGCAGUUCAAAUGGGACCGGCUGCUGCAGCUGGGGGGAGCCGUGUUCCAGUUCCGUGGGGCAGCCAACAGUGGCCUCCUGCCUGCCAGCAUGGUCAUGCCCCUGCUGGGGGUGGUGAUGAAGGAGAGGUGCAGGGCUGCCGGCAUCGUGUACUUCGAGCGCUUUGGCGUCGUCGUGGCUUCCACGGGAAUGCUGCUCGCUCUCUUCCUGUCUGUCUUAGCAGUUGGCAUCACCAAACCUGUGCCAACCAACACUUGCAUCCUCACUGGUAUUGCUGGCAGCGUAAUUAUUUACACCAUGAAACAUUCCUUGACUGUCUCAGAAGUGAUAGAGGUUCUAGAAGUGCUGCUCAUUUUUGUCUACCUCAGUAUGAUCUUGCUGUACUUGUUGCCUCGAUGUUUUACCCCCGGAGAAGCGCUGCUGGUUCUUGGAGGUGUAAGUUUUGUUCUCAAUCAGCUCAUUAAACGCUCACUGAAUGUAAUCGAGGGCAGAGGGGAUCCCAUUGACUUCUUCCUUCUGGUGGCAGUUGUCGGAGUUGUUCUUCUUGGUCUUUUUUUCACUGUGCUCUUCAUUUUCAUGGAUUCGGGCACGUGGAUCUCCUCCAUGUUUUUCCACAUGAUGACAGCAGUGUUAGGCUUAGGGGUCAUCAUGCCUUGGCUGUACCGACUGAUCCAGAGGAACCCUUUGUUUUGGCUGCUCCAGUUUCUGUUUCAGACACAGACAAGACUUUACCUUCUUGUGUAUUGGACUUUCUUGGCUGCCUCAGCAUGUGGUGUGGUUUUCUACCAGAACACCAAGAGAUCAUCUGAAUCUAAAAAACACCAGGCCUCGACUGUAACCAGGAAAUAUUUCCAUUUCAUUGUUGUAGCUACUUAUGUUCCUGGACUAAUUUAUGACCGCCAGCUCCUCUACAUUGCUGCAGUGCUGUGUCUGGCAGUGUUUAUCUUCUUAGAGUACGUUCGGUACUUCAGGAUCAAACCUUUUGGACAAACCCUCAGGCAUCUGCUCUCUCUCUUCUUGGAUGAAAGAGACAGUGGACCUCUCAUCUUGACCCAUAUUUACCUCCUCCUUGGCAUGUCCCUCCCAGUGUGGCUGUUUCCCAGAUCUUGUGCUCCAAAAGGCACCUUGCCCGGGGCAGGAGCGCUGGUCCCCUACUCUGGGGUGUUGGCAGUAGGGGUGGGAGACACCAUUGCCUCUGUUUUUGGCAGUACAAUGGGGGAAAUCAAAUGGCCAGGGACAAAGAAGACCUUUGAAGGGACAAUGACAGCUAUUUUUGCACAGAUCAUUGCUGUGGCUCUCAUUCUGAUCUUUGACAGCAGUGUGAAUCUGAACUCCAGCUAUGCCUGGAUUCUGGCAUCUGUGAGUUUGGUUUCUCUUUUGGAAGCUUACACUACUCAAAUUGAUAAUCUGCUGUUGCCUCUCUACCUCCAGAUCAUGCUUAUGGCAUAGAAGCACUUCCAGGAACAGAGUUUUCUCCCUUCCUAGAGAAAGGUACUAGAAAAUGCACUGUAGUGAAAGCUCAGAGCUGAUCCUUCGGUACAGCAGAGAAAAUUGUUGAGAACAGAAAUGAAAAAGUAGCCAGAUUUAUGUUCUAACAGCAACAAACAUGACUGAAAAAAACAGCACUUGUAUUUAAUAAACAAAUUUAAGUUUCUUCUGGGUGCCCAAAGGAAGCUGAGGAAGAAGAAGAGGUAAGUCAAUUAGAGAGGAAACAAUAAACAAGCAAGUCUCUCAGAUGUUGCUACCUCUGUACUGUACCUUAUUUUCUGUACAGAGUCCUGUGUCUUGUGUUCCAUGUGUGAACUGUCAUUUCUGUAUAAGCAUGAUGUAAAGCAUGUUUGAUAACAAGGGUGGGCACAGGAAGCAGGUACAAGUGUCCAGCUAUGUCCAGUCCUCAUCAGCAAGAGCCAAAAUCACACCACAAUGCACAAACACAACUCUAAAAUCAGCUGGCACAGCUGAGUUAUCCAGGGUGGGUGGUGAAGGUUUGGGAAUAUCAAUCAAUGCUCAUUCCUGACCAUACUCAUAAGAACAAUGAAUAUUUAGCCCUGAAGUUUGCUUCAGCUAGAAAAAUGUUUUAUCUUUCUCAAGAUUUAAUCUCUAAAUUAAUUUGGAAUGAAUAUAGGGGAAGAUUAAGCAAAGUCACAGCUAAAACUAA